AUGGUGAUCCACAAUUCCUGGCUGCCUUGCACUGCACUCUUUCUGCUACUGCUGCUUCUGCCACCAUCCCUUUUGAGAGCAUGGAGCCUACAGCAUCAUGGCGCUGGCUGGAGAAUAUUCCACCAUGUGGGCAAGGGCUCAAGAAGCUACCACCACCGCCAAAGUCCUGGUGGAUGGCAACGAUGGACACAAAGGAAAACAAAAAAUGAAUGCCAGGGUGUGUUUGACCUCUACUUCAUCUUGGACAAGUCCAGCAGUGUGCAUGGCGACUGGAUUCACAUUUAUUCCUUUGUGGAGCAUUUGGUGCAUAAAUUCAAAAACCCAAAUAUGCGGAUGUCCUUCAUUCUCUACUCAAAAGGUGCAGAAAUUCUCAUGCCGCUCACUGGAGACAGAAAAAAAAUUCAUGAGGGUCUUCGACAACUUCUGAGAGUGGUACCUAGAGGACAGAAACAUAUGCAAGAAGGAUUUAAAUUGGUUAAUGAGCAAAUAGCAAAAGUCAGCUCCACAGGCAACAAUUUUGCCAGCAUAAUUAUUGCUCUGAUGGAUGGACUACUAGAAGAAAUGACAUUUAAGGAGACCAAGGAAGAGGCUGACAAGUGUCGGAGUCGAGGGGCAGUCAUCUACACUGUGGGUGUGCUGGGAUACAAUAAACACCAGAUGACAGCCAUUGCAGACUCCCCAGAUUACAUAUUUGGGGUGGACACAGGAUUUAAGGAUCUGAAAAACAUUGUUGAAUCGCUUGCUUCUAAGACCUGCAUUGAAAUCACAUCUGUAGAGGCCUCCACUCUGUGUGCAGGAGAAAUCUAUGAAGUAAUUAUUACUGGACAAGGUUUUCAUAAUGCAAAAAGUAGGGACCAGGUUAUUUGUAGAUUCCUGUUCUCAGACAACUUUCACCAGCAUUUGCCCCACAGUGUCCUCAGCUUCCUUGCCCUGAUGGCCGAUGACCUGAGCUCAGGAGACUUAUGGGAGGUAUUUGUUGAAGUCAGUUUGAACAAUGGUCUCAGCUUCAUUGGGAACCAACACAACAUAACCAGCUCUAACUGUAUUGGUACACUGGGCAACUUUGGAGCUCCUGUCAGCACCACUGUCAGCACCACUGUCAGCACCACUGUCAGCAGCACUGUCAGCAGCACCGUCAGCAGCAAUGUCAGCAGCACUAACACUGCUGUCACAGGCAUGAAUGCUGCUGAUAUCAUGAAGCCACUACCAGAAAAGGAGCCAGAAGAAGUUAAACCACCUCCUCCACCACCUCCACCACCUAUAAAUACAUGCCCCACAGUGAUCGUCUCCUGUUGUGGGUGUGGACCCAGAGCAGUAGAGGUCUCAGUAUGUCUACCCAAGCUGCUGCCCAAUGCCAUUGACUUGGUAUCAUCCCAGGGACCAGACCCUUCCCCCCAUUCUCGAGCCUUCUACAAAGAGAAAGUUAAGAGCCUGGAGGAUGGUAGUCAGUGCCCAGGAACUCUGUGA